GCCAUCUUUAAUCAGCAGCUACUUCCUUUGAGUUCCUUUGGUGACCAGAGAGAACAGAGACAUUGGCGCCAUCUUUAAUCAGCAGCUACUUCCUUUGAGUUCCUUUGGUGACCAGAGAGAACAGAGACAUUGGCGCCAUCUUUAAUCCGCAGGUUACUUAACUGACCACUGAAGAGACACUUCUCAGUUUACUCAAACAGUUCAACAUGACAACAAGUCAAGACAGCUCUACAAGUCAGACAUCAGGAACACAACAACAACUCCAUCUGUCAACAGCUGAGCAAAUCAUGAUUCUAGACAAACGCUCCAAAAGCAACUUGCAGCCAAACUCAGUGAAUGCAAUGGCGGACCUCCUGCAACAAUUCAAAGGCUCAAAGUCAAAGAAUUUGAAGCUGUCGCUGGAGAACCAAGCUCUCAAGCAGGUACAGAGACGACUUAAGUCCAAGCUGCAGAAAAAGGACAGCAUGUUGAUAAUGAAGGAGGAUGACGGCAGGGAAAGAGAUAAAGUAAUCGCUACUUUACAAAGUGAAAAGGUUGCGCUGGUCAAUAAGAAUGAUGAGCUCAUGGCAAAACUGAAGACCGCACAGAAUCAGAACCGUGAUUGCAAGACUGCCUGUAACCUCAGAGUCGACUACCUUGAGGGUCUGAUAUGGAAGGGUCAGUCGGAGAAUUCCAUCUGCUUUAAAAGAACCAAGGAGCUGGAGAGCCUGGUUGAAGCCAAAGAGAAGAAGUGGCUCAACGUGCAGGAGAACUUGCAAAAUAAUGUUGAGCUCACGGAAAAACUGAGGGCCAUGCAGACUCAAAUUCAUCAGCUUGAGUCUGACACAGUCCUUAAAGUCAACACUCUGGAGGAUCAGCUCAGGAGUGAGCAGGUGGAGAAAGAGACCUGCCUUCAAAAGAUCAAAGAGCUGAACAGUCCGGUUGAAACCACAGAGAAGAAGUGGCUCAACGUGCAGGAGGACUUGCAAAAGAAUGUUGAGCUCAGGGCAAAAAUGUGCACCGCACAGACUCUGAUCGACGAUUGCAAGGCUGCCUGUAACCUCAACACCGACUACAUCAAAGGUCUGGUAUUGCGGGUUUCCGUCUGCUCUGAAAGAGUCAAGGAGCUUGAGAGUCUGGUUGAAACCUCAGACCUUAAAGUCAACACUCUGGAGGCUCAGCUCAGGAGCGAGCAGGUGGAGAAAGAGACCUGCCUUCAAAGAACCAAGGAGCUGGAGAGUCUGGUUGAAACCACAGUGAAACCACCCAAUGUUCAGAAGAUGGAGGAGGAUAUUAAGUUCCUCAUCGUGAAGUCUAUUAAGCUUCAGGAGCUGGCUCUCAUGUCAGACAGCGACAAAGCCAAAAGAAGGGAGGAAGAAAGAAAAGUUCAGAAGAAGCAGGAGAAGAUCGAGAAAGAUAAAAGAGAGAUGGAGCUGAAAGACAAGAAGCAUCAGGAGAAGAAGAAGCAGCAGAAGAUUGCAAAAGAAUUAAUAGAGAAGCUGAGAGUGAAAACUGAGCGAAUCAUGAUUCUAGACAACCGCUCCAAAAGCAACUUGCAGCCAAACUCAGUGAAUGCAAUGGCGGACCUCCUGCAACAAUUCAAAGGCUCAAAGUCAAAGAAUUUGAAGCUGUCGCUGGAGAACCAAGCUCUCAAGCAGGUACAGAGACGACUUAAGUCCAAGCUGCAGAAAAAGGACAGCAUGUUGAUAAUGAAGGAGGAUGACGGCAGGGAAAGAGAUAAAGUAAUCGCUACUUUACAAAGUGAAAAGGUUGCGCUGGUCAAUAAGAAUGAUGAGCUCAUGGCAAAACUGAAGACCGCACAGAAUCAGAACCGUGAUUGCAAGACUGCCUGUAACCUCAGAGUCGACUACCUUGAGGGUCUGAUAUGGAAGGGUCAGUCGGAGAAUUCCAUCUGCUUUAAAAGAACCAAGGAGCUGGAGAGCCUGGUUGAAGCCAAAGAGAAGAAGUGGCUCAACGUGCAGGAGAACUUGCAAAAUAAUGUUGAGCUCACGGAAAAACUGAGGGCCAUGCAGACUCAGAUUCAUCAGCUUGAGUCUGACACAGUCCUUAAAGUCAACACUCUGGAGGAUCAGCUCAGGAGUGAGCAGGUGGAGAAAGAGACCUGCCUUCAAAAGAUCAAAGAGCUGAACAGUCUGGUUGAAACCACAGAGAAAAAGUGGCUCAACGUGCAGGAGGACUUGCAAAAUAAUGUUGAGCUCACGGAAAAACUGAGGGCCAUGCAGACUCAGAUUCUUCAGCUUGAGUCUGACACAGUCCUUAAAGUCAACACUCUGGAGGAUCAGCUCAGGAGUGAGCAGGUGGAGAAAGAGACCUGCCUUCAAAAGAUCAAAGAGCUGAACAGUCCAGUUGAAACCACAGAGAAGAAGUGGCUCAACGUGCAGGAGGACUUGCAAAAGAAUGUUGAGCUCAGGGCAAAAAUGUGCACCGCACAGACUCUGAUCGACGAUUGCAAGGCUGCCUGUAACCUCAACACCGACUACAUCAAAGGUCUGGUAUUGCGGGUUUCCGUCUUCUCUGAAAGAGUCAAGGAGCUUGAGAGUCUGGUUGAAACCUCAGACCUUAAAGUCAACACUCUGGAGGCUCAGCUCAGGAGCGAGCAGGUGGAGAAAGAGACCUGCCUUCAAAGAACCAAGGAGCUGGAGAGUCUGGUUGAAACCACAGUGAAACCACCCAAUGUUCAGAAGAUGGAGGAGGAUAUUAAGUUCCUCAUCGUGAAGUCUAUUAAGCUUCAGGAGCUGGCUCUCAUGACCACUGAAGAGACACUUCUCAGUUUACUCAAACAGUUCAACAUGACAACAAGUCAAGAUAGCUCUACAAGUCAGACAUCAGGAACACAACAACAACUCCAUCUGACAACAGCUGAGCGAAUCAUGAUUCUAGACAAACGCUCCGAAAGCAACUUGCAGCCAAACUCAGUGAAUGCAAUGGCGGACCUCCUGCAACAAUUCAAAGGCUCAAAGUCAAAGAAUUUGAAGCUGUCGCUGGAGAACCAAGCUCUAAAGCAGGUACAGAGACGACUUAAGUCCAAGCUGAAGAAAAAGGACAGCAUGUUGAUAAUGAAGGAGGAUGUCGGCAGGGAAAGAGAUAAAGUAAUCGCUACUUUACAAAGUGAAAAGGUUGCGCUGGUCAAUAAGAAUGAUGAGCUCAUGGCAAAACUGAAGAACGCACAGAAUCAGAACCGUGAUUGCAAGACUGCCUGUAACCUCAGAGUCGACUACCUUGAGGGUCUGAUAUGGAAGGGUCAGUCGGAGAAUUCCAUCUGCUUUAAAAGAACCAAGGAGCUGGAGAGCCUGGUUGAAGCCAAAGAGAAGAAGUGGCUCAACGUGCAGGAGAACUUGCAAAAUAAUGUUGAGCUCACGGAAAAACUGAGGGCCAUGCAGACUCAGAUUCAUCAGCUUGAGUCUGACACAGUCCUUAAAGUCAACACUCUGGAGGAUCAGCUCAGGAGUGAGCAGGUGGAGAAAGAGACCUGCCUUCAAAAGAUCAAAGAGCUGAACAGUCCGGUUGAAACCACAGAGAAGAAGUGGCUCAAUGUGCAGGAGGACUUGCAAAAGAAUGUUGAGCUCAGGGCAAAAAUGUGCACCGCACAGACUCUGAUCGACGAUUGCAAGGCUGCCUGUAACCUCAACACCGACUACAUCAAAGGUCUGGUAUUGCGGGUUUCCGUCUGCUCUGAAAGAGUCAAGGAGCUUGAGAGUCUGGUUGAAACCUCAGACCUUAAAGUCAACACUCUGGAGGCUCAGCUCAGGAGCGAGCAGGUGGAGAAAGAGACCUGCCUUCAAAGAACCAAGGAGCUGGAGGGUCUGGUUGAAACCACAGUGAAACCACCCAAUGUUCAGAAGAUGGAGGAGGAUAUUAAGUUCCUCAUCGUGAAGUCUAUUAAGCUUCAGGAGCUGGCUCUCAUGUCAGACAGCGACAAAGCCAAAAGAAGGGAGGAAGAAAGAAAAGUUCAGAAGAAGCAGGAGAAGAUCGAGAAAGAUAAAAGAGAGAUGGAGCUGAAAGACAAGAAGCAUCAGGAGAAGAAGAAGCAGCAGAAGAUUGCAAAAGAAUUAAUAGAGAAGCUGAGAGUGAAAAGAUAAAAGCUGAGCUUCCCUGCUAAAUUUCUAUUGUAUCUGCUUGUAGGUUAAAGAAAAAAAAGGAACUGCACUCAUAUACCAAGCUUCAUUAAUAAUUGACUAAUCUAAACCUAUGAUUCAAUUUUAGGACUUCAGAAACGUCAUAAAGAUAUUGUCAUUGUCUUAAUAUAGAAAAUAUAUUGUUUUAUGUGAUUUUAAACACUAUUAGUUACCGUACAGCGGUAAACAUACCUGAAACCCCAUGUAAACUAGAUCCAGACUUUUAUUUGGAUCUGCAUGGAAUUUGCACAGAUUCAUUGAUAGUUGAUAAUAUGUCUGAAUUUCUAAAUCAAUAUUCAUACACAAUUAACUGAGGAAUCAAUGGAAUUGUUGAAAAGUGUUCAAUCUCACAAUGUUAAAGACACGGAAUUCGUUUUUUUUAAAUGUUUUUUUCUCUGACUCAUAACAUCUUUCCACUUAAAGUCAUUGAAAUCUGUCAAAUAUCUUCUUUGCUGUGAACAAAUAAACAAAUGCAGAAGAAAACAAAACCUUGUCGAAGGUCAUUAAACAUCUUCUCUCACUUUAACAUUGUGUAAACAACAUCGUGAUCCAACAUAUUACUUUUCAUUUCUUUAAA